AUGGCAGACGCUCUACGAGAUACACCGCUGCGUGCGGUUCAGGUUGAGGCACUUGUUGUCAUGAAAGUCAUCAAGCACUCCUCGCAGUCCUUCCCUACAGCGGCGACCGGCUCCCUCGUAGGCAUGGACGUCAACGGCUCUCUCCAGAUCACAAACUCCUUCCCCUUCCCCGCCGUGGACCCCUCGACGCAAGACGGCCACCAAGAAUCCCUCCACACGCUCGCCGCCGCAGCGCCCCGCGCAAAGUCAAACGCGGCAUAUCAGAACGAGAUGAUCAAGUUUCUGCGAGAGGUGAACGUGGACGCGCAGAAUGUGGGCUGGUACACGAGCACUAGCAUGGGCAACUUUAUCAACACGAACACGAUCGAGAACCAAUUCUUCUACCAGAAAGAGCCGAACGAGCGGACCGUCGCGCUGGUGCACGACGUGAGUCGGAGUUCGGCUGGCAGCUUGAACCUGAAGGCAUUCCGACUCUCGCCGGCAUUCAUGGCGGCAUUUAAGGAGGGAAAGUUCACAACCGAGACCCUCCAGAAGAGCGGGCUCCGCUACCAAGACAUCCUUGUGGAGCUCCCCCUCACGAUCCACAACUCGCACCUCCUCACCUCCCUCCUCCACCAACUACCCUCGGAGCCUUCAGCGGAGCCUCCCUCCUUCCCACCCACUCUCGCGGCACUGACCUCCGACCCUACUCCCACGCCUGCACCACUGUGCCCCAACUUCGACGCGCUCGAGCUAAGCAUCGACCCCUUCCUGGAAAAGACCUGCGACCUCCUGCUGGAGAGCAUCGAGGCGCACCACACGGAGCUCAACAACCACCAGUACUACCAGCGCUCGCUGGCGCGCGAGCAGACGAAGAUCAACGCGUGGCAGGCGAAGCGCAAGCAGGAUAACGCGGCUAGGGUGGCUGCGAAGCAGACGCCGCUGCCGGAGGAUGAGUGGCAGAGGCUGUUUAAGCUCCCGGCUGAGCCGAGCAGGCUCGAGACGCUGCUGAAUAGCAGGCAGGUCGAGCAGUAUGCACGGCAGGUGGAUGGGUUUACGGCGGGGGUGACGGGGAAGAUGUUUGCGGUUAGGAGUAAUCUUUUGCCGGGGGAAGCGCCGUGA